AUGAUCAGAACCCUGAGGCCGAACCUGCGGCUCCUGACGGGCCUUGCUCACCGGUUUCAGAGCACUCUGGUCGUAGCGGAGCACAACAACGACAAACUCACACCGAUCACCCUCAACGCCAUCACAGCAGCCAGUAAGCUCGGGGGAGAUGUUUCCUGUCUCGUCGCAGGAACAGACUGUGCAAAGGUUGCAGCGGAGCUCUGCAAGGUCCAAGGAGUAAACAAGGUUCUAGUGGCUCAGAAUGAUUGUUACAAAGGUGCCCUUGCAGAGGAGAUGACUCCACUCGUUCUGGCUACACAAAAACAGUUUAACUUCACCCACAUUUGUGCCGGUGCAUCUGCCUUUGGGAAGAAUCUGCUCCCGAGAAUUGCAGCCAAGUUGGACGUCUCCCCAGUGUCUGACAUCAUUGAGAUCAAGAGUCCAGACACUUUUGUCAGAACAAUCUAUGCAGGCAAUGCUAUAAGUACAGUGAAGUGCAACGAGGCAGUGAAGGUGUUCACUGUGAGGGGAACGUCCUUCGAAGCCGCAGCUGUUGAAGGCGGCAGCGCGUCCACUGAAACCGUGGCUGCCUCUUCCCUUGUGGGGGCUUCAGAGUGGCUCGAGCAGAAUCUGACCAAAAGCGAUCGUCCAGAGCUCACCAGCGCAAAAGUGGUCGUCUCUGGAGGAAGGGGACUGAAGAGUGGGGACAACUUUAAGCUGCUUUAUGAUCUUGCCGACAAGUUAAACGCUGCAGUUGGUGCCUCCAGAGCCGCCGUGGAUGCUGGAUAUGUGCCGAACGAUAUGCAAGUCGGACAAACCGGCAAAAUUGUGGCACCGGAGCUGUACAUUGCUGUUGGUAUUUCAGGAGCUAUUCAGCAUCUGGCAGGAAUGAAGGACAGUAAGACUAUUGUUGCCAUCAAUAAAGAUCCAGAGGCGCCCAUCUUUCAGGUGGCCGACUAUGGCCUGGUGGCGGAUCUGUUCAAGGCCGUCCCAGAGAUGACCGCGGCCUUGGACAAGUGA